GCCAUGAAAAUGAAUCCUUUUUACUUUGUUGUUCAAAGAUCAUCGCAUAUUCUCUUCUCUUUCAUCUUCCUCUGCUUUCUUUUCAGCUCCAUUUCACCUUCAUUUGGAUAUGAUCCUUUGGAUCCCUACGGAAACAUAACACUCAAAUGGGAUCUUUUGACAUCAGAUACAGCCUCUAAUUAUGUGAGGGUAUCGAUGCUUAAUUUCCAAAAAUAUCGACAUAUAGAGCAGCCUGGGUGGAAACUAGGGUGGGAUUGGAAAGGUGAUGAGGCUAUUUGGAACAUGCUAGGUGCCGAGGCUACCGAGCAAGGAAACUGCUCCAGGUUCAAAGGUGGCCAAUUGCCUCAUUGUUGUGAAAGAACCCCUUCAAUUGUUGACCUUUUACCUGGUACCCCAUAUAACAUGCAAACCACUAAUUGUUGCAAAGGAGGUGUCCUAUCAUCCAUGAUCCAAGACCCCUCUAAAUACGGUUCCGUCUUCGAGAUGACUGUAUCCUCAGCCACCAAAGCCGGCUUCAAUAUGCCGGAAAAUUUCACCAUCGGAGUUCAAGGCUAUACCUGUGGGGAUGCGGUUCCGGUUGCACCGAGUAAGUAUAGUUUGGAUGGUCGUCGGUGGACACAAGCUCUUGGGACAUGGAAUGUGACAUGUAUGUACUCCCAAUUUCUGGCAUCAACUACUCCAAAGUGCUGUGUAUCGUUAUCUGCAUUCUACAAUAGCACCAUAGUUCCUUGUCCCAAGUGCAGCUGCAGCUGCCAAGGAUUACCUGGAGCAAAAUGUUUAAAUUCCGGUGAAACACCGUCAUUGUUGCGGGAAAUAAAAGAUAAGAACCGAGAGCCGCCGUCUUUAGUGAGGUGCUCGGAACAUAUGUGUCCGAUAUGGAUUCAUUGGCACGUGAAACAAAGUUACACAAGCUAUUGGAGGGUGAAGAUAACCGUGCAUAACCAGAAUAUCGUGAAGAAUUAUAGUGAGUGGAACUUGGUCGCAUUGCACCCCAAUCUGAAAAGCGUGGUACAAGUUUUCAGCUUCAACUACGAGCCACUUAGCCAGUAUGAGUUUAUCAAUGAUACAGGUAUGUUCUGGGGGAUUAAGUUCUACAAUGACAUGCUGCUUCAGGAAGGUGCUGGUGGGAAUGUACAAACAGAAAUGUUGCUGCAGAAAGAUCCAGGGAUGUUCACUUUCAGGGAAGGAUGGGGUUUCCCUAGAAGGAUACUUUUCAAUGGUGAUGAAUGCGUCAUGCCCCCACCUGAUCAGUACCCAAGGUUGCCUAACAUUGGACAACAUGAUGCUAAAUUCAGCAUUGUUGCUAUCUUUUUCUCUUUGUUGCUGAUGAUGUUAUGUGCUUGAAAAAUGAGAAUUGUAUGAGAGAGCAUUGUAGGCUUUUCAGGUUCCCAAUUGUACA